GCGCAGCUGCGCCGGUAAUAUCGCGCGCUGAAGCUGCGCACGCUGCUGAUGUAAGAAACGGGACGCAGAAGAUUAGGGAAGCGCGAAACUCGGAGCGAAACGAAGAAAAAGCUCCUAUACUCUGAGUAAACAUGUCGGGAGAUGAGAUGAUAUUUGACCCCACUAUGACCAAGAAGAAAAAGAAGAAGAAGAAGCCCUUUAUGUUGGAAGAGGAUGGGAAUGAAGUCGUCAGCGAGGACACCCCGCAGCCUGAUGUCAGGGAGGCCGACCUCGAUGGUGGCGAAGACCGAGAGCCUGAUAUGGAAGAGGAGGAAGGAAAGAAGAAAGAGCCUUCCGAUGACCUGGACGACUUGAACUUUUUCAACCAGAAAAAGAAAAAAAAGAAAAUAAAGAAAGUAUUUGGUGACGAUUUGGCAAUAGAGGAGGGAUUGAAGGACAUGAAAAUUGAUGGGGAUCAGACAGAGCCAACAGAAACGGAUGACAUAGACCUCGUGCUGCCGACCAAGAAGAACAAGAGGGUUGAAUUUAAAGAGGUCAAUUUGCUAGAAAAGGAUGAGGCACUUGAAAAUGAUCAAAGUAAAAGCAAUGAUGGAAUCACGUUUGGCACACCAGCUGGACCCGCUUGGGCAGGAAGCGAGAGGGACUAUACUUAUGAUGAGCUACUGGUCCGUGUAUUUAACAUCAUGCGGGAGAAGAACCCUGACAUGGUGGCUGGAGAGAAGAGGAAGUUUGUCAUGAAGCCACCACAGGUGGUUAGAGUUGGCACCAAGAAGACAUCAUUUGUCAACUUUACAGAUAUUGUUAAACUAUUGCAUCGUCAGCCAAAGCAUCUGCUCGCCUUCUUGCUAGCAGAGUUGGGAACAAGUGGCUCCAUUGAUGGAAACAACCAGCUUGUUAUCAAAGGAAGGUUCCAGCAGAAACAGAUAGAAAAUGUCCUGCGAAGAUACAUCAAGGAAUAUGUGACUUGCCACACCUGCCGCUCACCAGACACCAUCCUGCAGAAAGAUACCCGGCUCUACUUCUUGCAGUGCGAGACGUGCCACUCGCGUUGUUCUGUUGCCAGCAUCAAAACUGGUUUCCAGGCUGUCACAGGCAAGAGGGCUCAGCUCCGUGCCAAGGCCAACUAGCCCCCCUUUUUACUUCAUUGCCUGGGGUUGACUUCGCCUGGCUAUCUGGACUCUGAACUUUGGCUGGAUUUACUAUAUGUGCCUGUUAAUGAAAUGCAUAUAUUCACCACAUAUCACAGAAGCUGGAUGAACAUGAUCUCCAGCUGUUGUGUUGUGCCAUUUGGACUUUACUAUUUGAAGCUCCUUCAGAUUUGCCAUCUUGGGUUCUCCUUCUUCCGUUUUGCUUCUUCCUCCAACUCGCGUUUCUUCCAGUGAAGCCAAAAAGUCUGAUUAUUAAAAAUCACAUUUAUUGAUACAAUACAAUAUUCACAUCACUGUUUUUGCUGUUGAAAAAUUACAUUUCAGUUUGGUGAAAAGGGCUGACUGUGGCAAUAAGCUACAGUAUAAACAAAUGCAUUCCUAAAAAUGACAGAAGCACUGGAAAUGAACUGCAAAUAUUUUGACA